AGGAAACUGACUCACUUCCUGUUUAAUAAUCUGUUGGCUUGCUGUGUUAACGUUAGCUAUCUUAAUAGUGGCUUAACCGCUUGUUAGCUGACGUGGUUUAACGGCUAGCUAUUGUGGUUGUCAAACUUGGCUCUAGGUCAACACUGAUGUUGCCAUUAAGCUAACAUUGCAGCAGGCUUAUUUAUAACUCUGAUAACUAACUGUGUAGCCACUUGCUCCGCUGUAACCUUACUGUACACAAGCGAAACCAAACCCCAGCCUUGUUUCUCUCUCCCCACCUUACCCUGCCUCCUCUUCCACACGCUGUGUCGCCCUCUCUUGAAGCAGUCCGCUAUGGGUGUUAGGAGGGGGUGCGGAUUCAGUUUGGAGAUGCCUUUUCUACAGUAGCUGUCUUUUCUGGACAGCUGAUCCUGGCAGCCCUGUAUGGCGUGCCCUGUCCAGUUCCUAUGCCGGGGGAUUCGUACUGUUGGAUUAGUUCUCCUUUACUAUGUCUUCUCUAUAGGCAUCACCUUCUACAACAAAUGGAUGAUGAAGCCUUGGCAACAGCACUGGAUAUAGGACUUUCCAACUGGAGCUUCCUCUUCAUCACCAUUAGCUUGUACACCAUGACCAAGUCUUCAGCAGUGCUCUUUAUCCUCUUUUUCUCCCUGCUCUUUAAACUAGAGGAACCGAACCCAUUCCUGAUCCUGGUGGUCCUGCUGAUCGCCAGUGGUCUGUUUAUGUUUACAUUUGAGUCGACCCAGUUCAACCUGGAGGGCUUCAUCAUGGUGCUGCUGGCGUCCUUCAUAGGGGGGAUUCGCUGGACCCUCACUCAGGUCCUCAUGCAGAAAGCAGAGCUGGGCCUUCAGAACCCAAUAGACGCCAUGUACCACCUACAACCUCUCAUGUCCGUUGGCCUCCUUCCCCUCUUCCUGUUUAAUGAAGGGCUGAGCCUCAGUACCUCAGAAAAGUUAUUCCGGGUGACGGAGCUCUCACCUCUCCUGUAUUCACUCUUCACACUAAGUAUCGGCGGGGCACUGGCCUAUGGUUUAGGCUUCUCAGAGUUCCUGCUAGUCUCCCGAACCUCCAGCCUCACAUUAUCCAUAUCAGGGAUCUUUAAGGAGGUGUGUACUCUGCUUUUGGCAGCAGCUCUGAUGGGAGACAAAAUGACUAUGCUUAAUUGGCUGGGAUUUGCUGUGUGUCUGUGUGGCAUUUCAUUGCAUGUGGGACUCAAGACAUAUUACUCCAAAAAUAAGGCCCCGUCUUUAAGACAGCUCAACAGUAAGAGCCCAGAGCUUGAGUUGCCAUUACUGCGGAAUAACGGAGACGAAAGAGAGGAUUCGGCUGCUGAUGAAUACAACGAAGAAGAUGAGGAACAAGAAAUCACUCUGCACUGACAUCACAGGAUAUGAGUCUCAAAUCUGGUUAACUGUACACAGCACGUAUGCUGCCAUCUGAUGAGGGGCUUCACGCAGCCUAAAGCUGCCGACACAAGAAUAACCUGCCGAAUUGUUGACUGACAACAGUGGCAGCUCUCUCCAUGCCUUUUAUGCUCCAGGCCACCAAUCGCUGACUGCAGCUGCAAGGCAGGGGAGGGCAAUACCCGCAGAGACACAGGAGAACACAGACAGAAACACCCACUAUACUACAGCACGUAACACACAAAAAGAGGGAACGUCCUCUUUAGCUCUGUUCUUCCACCGAUCAUGUCUUCAGGCCAGGCCAGGGCCUCAUUAUCAGCUGUACAUUAACUGUGGACUUGACACAAGUUAUGAUCUUUUGCCUUAGGGGAGCUUCAAAAAUACAGCUAAUACAUCCACGUGUCAACAAAGUAUGAUGUAUGGAGAGUGUUACAGCUUUAAAGGGAUACUUUGACACCUUGAAUCACUGUGGGUCAUUUUUCUUUGCCAGAUACAUGUCACACUGUGGGAUUGUCUUCUUGCUUUGUUAUAUAUAUACACCUAUAAACAUAUGUGUAUAUAUAAUAUUAAUAGCAUUAUGUGAAGGUCCCGUCAGAAUAAGCUGUUAAGAAACAGGACAAAUGUCGAAACUAUUUAAUGAGGAAACAAGUGGUUUAGGAAAAAUCUACUGGAAGUUGAGUGUCCCGUAUCCCGGUAAUGCAGAGUGGGAGCAGUGGUACCCUAACUUCAGAUUACAUUAUUUCUUUCCCUUAUGAAUGUAGCCUGGUUCCCAAGAAAAGAACAUCCUUAAGUUAUUUUGUGUGAAAACGAGAAUAAUAGUAGAUGUAUAAUAUAGUUCCUCAGAUUCCGAUUUUUGCAGACGGCUUUGCUGUGCUUCUGUGUGUGGGCUGAGUUAUCCAAGCUAACAAUACAAUUUAAUACAAAUAGAUGAGGUCGUUAAGGUCUGUCUGCAACGGACGAUUGUUAUCGCUGUCAAUAAAUCUGCAGGUUAUUUUCUUGAUUAAUCGAAUAAUUGUUUGGUCUAAAAAAUGUCAGAAAAAAAAAUGCCCAUCACAAUUUCCUAAACCCUAAGGUUACGUCUUCAAAUUGCGUGUUUUGUCCAACCAACAGAUAUUCAGGUACUAUCACAUAAGACAAAGGAAGCAGCAAAUCCUCACGUUUCAGAAGCUUUUGAGAAACUUGGGAAUGUUUUUGCUUUUAAAAAUGACAAAUGAUAAACUGAUUAUCAAAUUAGUUGCUGACUAAUUUACUGUUGAUCGACUAAUUAAUGAAUUGACUAACUGCUUGAGCCUUAGAAGUCUGCUCUAUGUUACAUUAAAUUCGAGGCCUCAAAUGUGACACUGAAAAAAUAACUAUGAUAUCGAGCCACGUGAGUCAGACCGCUGAAUAAGAAGAGUACUGCACCAUUAUAAAGGUCAGAAUGGUGGCAGAAAGGCCGUCUGAACGUGAUUUUAUGGUCGUUUUUACUUCAAAGGCUCUGCUAACUGGAAAAAAGCAUUUAAAUCAAGUAAUGAGCUGCAGUGGUGGAGACUAUUUAUUGAAUCUAAAAGGAAAGGUCUCCAUCCAUCCCAGUCAUUACUUGAAGAGAUGUGAAAUGACUGUACCGUAAUGUGCCUUGUUAACAUCACAACAGUCAAGCAGACUACUUUAAAGAGCUAUUUUCAAAUUGAAUCAGUAAUUAUGUAGUUGAAGUACUUGAGUUGAUAGCCAUGUAAGAAGUCAUCUUUUUUUAACGUUAUUUGUCAUGAUUUUCUGUAAAAUGCAGCAUUGUUGCAAUACAUUGCAAAAUAAAGUGAAACAUGUGUGAUACUAA